ACAUGCAAAUGCACAAGCAAAAACACACCGCUCCUCUUCCAACUAAGUUUGCAGCUUGGCAGAAAGGCUAAUCCCUUCCCUCCUCACACCUGGAGCCCAGACACAAAUAGAGACUCAGUUUGUGGUGUCUCAGUCAGUCAGUCAGGACAGAAAAAGACAGAGUCAGACUUUCAUCAGGAUAACUCAGAGGAGCUGCUCCAACUCUGAAGACUAUUGUUUUAGGACAUGUAUUGCAGAGAACAUUUCAUUGCAGGAGUUCAACUACAGUAAGCUGUCCUAGCAUUGAUUGACAGUGCUCUGUCUGGACUGUAAGACUCCGUCUAGAGGAGGUGUCUGCUGAAGAACUUAGUGAAGUGAAAGGGACGUUCAUCCUGCGAGCUCCAUUUAUGUGGAUGUACUUUUUCUGUGAUUGCAACUUCAGGAAGGUAUGACGGGUCAGGAGAGGAGUGAGGAGAAGAGUGAGGAGAGAAUCGAGUGUGUGUCCCUGUCUCCGAUGAGGGAGGCUGUCCCUGCCCCACCUGAGUAUGAGAGGGUGUGUGUGUUUGGGACGGGGGACAUGGGGCGCUCUCUGGGACUGCGUCUGCUGCAGGCGGGGUACGGGGUGAUGUUUGGCAGCCGACGGCCCCACAGCAGCAGCCUCCUACCCCAUGGAGCACAGGUCCUGGGCCAUGCUGCAGCUGCCCAGUCAGCCCGUCUGAUCUUCAUCGCUGUCCAGAGAGAACACUACGACUUCCUGGUACCACUGGCCAAUCAGCUAAAGGGGAAGGUGUUGGUGGACCUCAGUAACAACCUGAGGAAGAAUCAGUACCCAGAGGCCAACGCAGAGUACUUGCAAAGUCUGGUCCCUGGAGCUGAGGUGGUUAAAGGCUUCAACACCCUGUCUGCCUGGGCUUUGCAGAAUGGACCUUCAGAUGCCAACAGUCAGGUGUAUAUCUGCGGAGAAAGUGCGGAGGCCAAGCAGGUGGUGAUGGCGGUAGCCACCAAGCUGGGUUUCAGUGCCCUAGACCGGGGCUCUCUCUCAGCAGCCCGGGAGCUGGAAGACUUCCCCUUGCAGCUGUUCCCCCAGUGGAGGCUCACCCUGCGCAUCACCAUCGGCCUCUGUGCUGCCUUCUUCUUCUACCUGCUGAUCAGAGAUGUAAUCUACUCAUAUGUCACCCAGGGCGAAGACAUCUCCUUCAGAAUCAUGGUCUCACUGGCCAACAAGGUGUGUCCCAUCGUGUCUCUGAUCAUGCUGUCUCUCUGUUACCUGCCUGGUGUCCUGGCUUCCUUCCUGCAGCUCUACAGAGGCACCAAGUACAGGCGCUUCCCUGAUUGGCUGGACAGCUGGAUGCUGUGCAGGAAACAGCUGGGUCUACUGUCGCUGGGGUUCGCCUUUCUGCACGUGCUCUAUACACUGAUCUUACCCAUACGGUACUAUCUGAUGUUCUGGGUCACUGAAAACACUGUCUCUCUGAUCAGAGAGAACAGGACCACUGAGUUUGAUACCACAACGGCCUGGCGUGGCGACUCCUACUUGUCCCUGGGAAUUCUGGGAUUUGGCCUUUACGUCCUGUUAGGAAUCACAUCUCUUCCCUCCGUCAGUAACGCUCUCAGCUGGAAGGAGUUCAGCUUCGUACAGUCCAAGCUGGGUCACCUGACUCUGCUGUUGUGUACGGCUCACACCUACCUGUAUGGUUGGAACAGGUUCCUGAGUUCCUCCAUCUACAAGUGGUACACCCCACCGGGCUACAUGCUGUGUCUGGUCCUUCCCUCUGUGGUGCUGCUGCUCAAGCUGCUGCUCAUCACCCCCUGUGUGGACCGAACCAUCACCCGCAUACGCCAGGGCUGGGAGAGGGGGGCAGACCAGAGGAACCCUAAAGACAGCAAACCACUGAUCCCUUAGAGGACACACAUACACACAGAGACACACACACAGACACAAAAUAACAGUGUGAUGACAGCUUUGUCAUCGAGGCAUGAACUCUUGUUUCUUUGUUCUGGCUAUCAUACCCUCAGAGGUUGGCUACCAUUCAAUCAUCGGUUGCCAUGUUUCUGGGAUCAAAAACCAACAAUAACAUUUAAUUGAUAUGCAGUUGUAUUUCUUAUUGUACACUGUAAACAUUGUUGCAUUUUAAUACAUAUAUUUUCAACCAUACGUAAACCAGACACUAGUUCUCUCUCUUAUGUAAAGAUAAUGGUGAAAGCUCUCUCUCUCUCUCUACUGGACCAUACUGUUUAAAUGUACCUUCUAAUUUGUUUAUGCUCAAAAAUGUUUGUUUACACAUUUUAAGUGUUCUGUCGAUUUGUUUGAUUCCCUUUCUGUUGUUUUAGCCUAAUCUCCCUUUCUUUCAUUAUGUACUUGGUAUAAUGCGCUUUUUAUUAAUGUGUUUUGUGAGUGCUUGUAAAGUACUUAGGGUUGCAAUUUUAUCAAUGUUAUAUCAAAACUUGUGACUGCCAUUGUUCACCUGGAUCAAAUAAAUGUUUAUAUUUUUAUAUUCUUCAA